CUCCCCGCUUCGGGAUGAAUUAGCGGCGGGUUCUUCUCCCAGGUUGUGACCCCCGUGGAGUCGCUGUCUCGCCCCAGUGUCCCCGCGACGUCGCGCGUUUUCCCCGGUGUGUCCCAGGUGCGCGGCCCGCGGUGCCAGAAUCAUGGUGUCGUGGAAGGGGAUUUACUUUAUACUCUUCCUGUUUGCCGGAAGCUUUUUUGGAAGCAUUUUUAUGCUCGGUCCCAUUUUACCUUUGAUGUUUAUAAACUUGUCCUGGUAUCGCUGGAUUAGCAGCCGCCUUGUGGCUACAUGGCUCACGCUUCCUGUGGCAUUGCUGGAGACCGUGUUUGGUGUCAAAGUAGUUAUAACAGGUGAUGCAUUUGUACCUGGAGAGAGGAGUGUCAUUAUCAUGAACCACAGGACGAGAGUGGACUGGAUGUUCCUGUGGAACUGUCUAAUGAGGUACAGCUACCUCAGACUGGAGAAGAUUUGCCUCAAAUCCAGCCUCAAAAGUGUCCCUGGAUUCGGCUGGGCCAUGCAAGUUGCAGCCUUUAUCUUUAUUCAUAGGAAGUGGAAGGAUGAUAAGAGCCAUUUUGAAGACAUGAUUGAUUAUUUUUGUGCCACCCGUGAACCACUACAGCUUCUCAUUUUUCCAGAAGGAACUGACCUCACAGAAAAUAACAAGGCUAGGAGUAAUGAUUUUGCUGAGAAGAACGGACUUCAGAAAUAUGAAUACGUCUUACACCCAAGAACCACCGGCUUUACUUUUGUGGUGGACCGCCUAAGAGAAGGUAAGAACCUCGAUGCUGUUCAUGACAUCACCGUGGCGUAUCCUUACAACAUCCCUCAAACUGAGAAGCACCUUCUCCUUGGAGACUUCCCCAGGGAGAUCCACUUCCAUGUGCAUAGGUACCCAGCCGAGUCGCUCCCCACCUCCAAGGAGGACCUUCAGCUCUGGUGCCACAGGAGGUGGGAGGAAAAGGAAGAGAGGCUUCGGUCCUUCUACCAAGGAGAGAAAAACUUUCACUUCACUGGGCAGAGUACAGUUCCACCUUGCAAGUCUGAGCUCAGAGUCCUUGUGGUCAAGCUACUGUCCAUACUGUACUGGGCCUUGUUCUGCUCUGCAAUGUGCCUGCUCAUAUAUCUGUACAGCCCUGUUCGGUGGUAUUUUAUAAUCAGCAUUGUGUUCUUCGUGCUGCAGGAGAGAAUAUUUGGUGGACUGGAAAUCAUUGAACUUGCAUGUUACCGUUUUUUACACAAGCACCCACAUUUAAAUUCAAAGAAAAAUGAGUAAGAUGGUGGUUUUUCUCAUGUGAAAACCUAGGGUUGUCACGAGAAUGUCAGUCUUUGUACACUGAGACAAGUUUUGCAUGACUAUGUCAAAUGUUUCUUACUAUCAUCAUUCUUUGUUAAAGGUAUUUUGCACUUAAUUUUGUGGGGGAAAUAUUGCUAUGGUUUCUUUAAAAUCUCUGAAUGUAAUUCCAAUGCUGUGUAUGUAGCAGGGAUCAAUCCCUCUGAAUAACUAGGGUCAGAGUAUUAGAAACAAUCACUAAGCUGUCGAGACAAAAAUGCAGACUUUUCUGAAAGGACCAACUUGUUUCCGACAGACUCUCAGCUCAGAGGUUGUCCUGGCACCAUGAACACCAGCCCCAGCGUCUCUAAGCAGGUAGUAGACUGCCUCCCCCACAGGGCACAGUCCAUUCUUUAAGUCUUUUACACCAAUGAAACCCAAAGGUGGAACUGCCUUGUCCUAAGCUGAUCCCCAUUGGCAGGGAGCCCUCCAUCACUAAUAGUCUCUUGUGCUGAAUGUGCUGGGUGAGACAGAAAAAGCCCCCCUUUCCUCACCUGGAAAUCACAUCCGAACUCAGCUCAGGGAGCACCUUCAGGCUCUCCAUUUGGCUUUUAAAGGACAGACACUGGCGCAGCUUGCUUUUCACUCACACUCAGUCCUGCCUUCCUGAUGGUUACCAGGUAACGUCAUCUUUAGCGUGUACUGGUUCAUGUAAAGAUGCAUUAGAAAAACAUCUGUAGUUCAAACAGAAACUGGAAGGCGGGGUGUCUGUCCUAUGCAUGCAGGGUGUCCACCUUCUGCCAUUAGAGCUACAACAAACAUGCCUGCAGACAGGAUGGUGUAGCCAAAGCCCCCACACCCUGAUAAUGUUACUCUUAAAACAAAAAAUGCUAACUCAGAAUGAGCUCUUUCAGUGAUCGCAAGGACACACUCUCUCUUUAGUCAUCUCUCAACAGUUAAAUUUAAACACACUGACUGUCUGCCAAAUAUUCCUAUCAUUUGGAAGCUGUGACAAAAUAACAAACCAAUAGCGAGCACGCAGUGUCCUAGGUAAGAGAAUCCUGUGGCCAUUGUUUCCACUCCACUGGGCUGCAUGCUCCCAUCUGUGUCAUGUGAUUGGGGCAGGGACAGAGGCACAUAAGCUUCCCCACCCCACCCCACCCCUGUGUCCAAUAAUCCGAGCAGCUCUUAUUGCCCUGUGUACUCAGACAGGGAUCUGCCCUUCCUAAGAUGGCAGUGCGCAUCUGUACCUGGUAAGGACUUUCUCAUCUUGCCAAGCACACUGAGAAAGCCCUGUUGGGGGACAGGGCACCAUCAGCAUAGCAUGAUUACGUCUGGCUUUUUGAUGUUUGUGCGUAUGUUAGUGGGAGAGUGCUAACUGGUGCCUCUGGAGAAACAAGCCAGCCCGUGUUUAACUGCUCCAUCAAAGCUCACUGUAAUCCUGCUGGGAACUUACUGAUUAGCAGCUGUGCACACCUGCCCCCAACACAGCUGCUUAGCUCCCUAGUUUUUAAGGUUUUACACACACACACACACACACACACACACACACACACACACACCCCACACGCACACGUACAACCCUUACCCCCUCCCAUUCUUUCUUUCCCUUAAUGAGAAAGGCUUCCAAUUUUAAGUUUCUCUGAUGGAUCACAUUUAAAUGUGGAAAUAGCUAGCAAUUUGUUGUUGCCCAGGAACAAGAGAGAUACUGCCGUCUUUGCCCACAGUGGUUGGGCUCAGUUAACAGUGCCGUCCAUCUCAUUGGGCACCCGCAGGCUCUCUGUCUCUUGUUCUUCCCCUCUCCCUCUUCUGAUCAUAGAAAACAUUAAGGUAGAAAAUACCUUAAUUUUACUUUAUCUACCCCAAAUUCAUAAUGCUAAGUACAGCACUAAAACUAGAGAAUGUGGGUACUCUACUUGCUUUAAGAGGAAUUUCUCCGAAGGGGGAAAAU